AUAGCCGGCCUGACAAUUAAAGCGAAUCCAUCAGCCCGACAAGAUGUACAAAGUAGCCGGUUUGGUUUUGGCCCUGUUUGUAGUCGUCUACGCGGUUCCGUCGACGUAUGAUAAUGAGCACGUGUGGGUUGCUGGUAACCUGUCUUACGCCGUUCCCGACAAAGCAGUUUUGGGUGGAUUCGAUCCUUAUGGAUUCAACACCUAUGUGGGCCGUGUAAAAUACUCUAACAAUAUCCUGCCCGCCCGCGUGGUUGUGGAAACCGGCGUCGCUUACUUCAAUACCGAGACCGCCUCCUCGAAGCUCCUUGUGUACGACCUCCUCGUUGCUCAGAACAACCGGACCUUCGUCUGGGCGAGGAGUUUCGAUGGAUUCUACGAGAAGGGAGCCGUUGCCGUGGGCACUACGGUCCAAAAUGAGCGGGUGUUCUGCUGUCGGGCAAAGACCGAUGGAGCAAUUCUGAUCGGCACCCUCAUUCCCAGCCAGAAGUUGUGCAUCAUCAAGCAUGAGAACCUCAACCUGCGCAAGUUCGACAAAUACGAAGUGCUGGUGGCCAAAUAGAUUCAACUAUUUAUGACGCUGCUUAAUAACUAAGAUCUCCAGAAAACUUAUGGAUUCCCGUUCAAAAUAAAUAAAAUAAAAUUUA